GUUCACUGUCACCAAAAUGUCAACGCAGAGACGGAACCAAUAGCAACGUGUCUGCGAUCUAGCCGGGCUUAUUUUCCGGUUGCACAGAACCGCGGAGACAGUACAAACAUCAAAUUGGUUUACGGAAUAAAAUAUGUCAACGAAACAAGUGACCUGCAGAUAUUUCCUUAAUGGUGUUUGUCGGGAGGGGAGCAGAUGUAUGUUUUCUCAUGAUCUGAACACAAGCAGACCUUCAACUAUCUGUAAAUACUACCAGAGAGGAUUUUGUGCCUAUGGAGACAAAUGCAGAUAUGACCACGUCAAACCACAUGGCCGUGGCAGCGGGCCACCCGUAGACCACACUACCAGAGCCAGUACUGCAGGAGCACCAGUACCACCAUCAACCACGACAAAACAUGUCAAAAAACCACUAGUGUUGAGAGACAAAGAUCUAGGCUGUGACCCCACAGGUCGGGCAUACAGCGGAGGAAGCGCAGACUGUUGGGACUACAGCGCUCACGGCAAACCACACACUUACCUGGAUGCCAUCCGCUCGGGCCUGGAGAGUUCAGCCACUGCCAGCUCUUAUCCAGACAUGAGCCAACAGACUCAGCUGUGUCCGUACAUGGCAGCGGGGCAGUGUCACUUUGAAGACAGCUGCCCGUAUCUUCACGGCGAUAUGUGUGAAAUAUGUCAGCUGAGGGUUUUGGAUCCGCACGACCCUGAACAAAGGGCGGCGCAUGAAAAGAUGUGUAUGAUGGCCUUUGAGGUGGACAUGGAGAAAGCUUUCGCGGCCCAACAAAGUCAGGACAAGCAGUGCACCAUCUGUAUGGAGGUGGUGUAUGACAAAGUGUCUCCGUCAGAGCGUCGCUUCGGCAUCCUGUCCAGCUGCUGUCACACAUACUGUUUGAGCUGCAUCCGUCAGUGGCGCUGCGUCGAGCAGUUUAAGAACCAGAUUCGCAAGUCUUGUCCAGAGUGCCGUGUGGUUUCUGAGUUUGUCAUACCCAGUAUGUACUGGGUAGAAGAUCAGGAUGAGAAAAAUCGUCUCAUUGAAGCGUUCAAAUCUGGAGUCAGUAAGAAGCCGUGUAAAUACUUUGAUCAGGGUAGAGGAACGUGUCCAUUCGGAGGAAACUGUUUCUAUAUGCAUGCCUACCCUGAUGGGACACGGGCCGAACCCGACAAACCACGCAAACAACUCAGUGCUGAGGGCAGCGUCCGGUUUCUUAACUCGGUGCGUCUGUGGGACUUCAUAGAGGAGCGUGAACAGCGCGGUGUACCGCAGUAUGAAGAUGAAGUCAAUGAACUGGGAGAACUGUUCAUGCAGCUGUCAGGGGGCGGAGACGAGAGCGGCUCUUCAGCGUCACAUUGAUUACGUCAUACACAUACGGUUGCUCUUAAGUACCCGGUUAACUAACUACUAGGCAAUAAAAAUGUUUUCGCAGGUGAACGUUUCAUGUUAACAUUAGAGAUGGUUUCCUUAGAAGACAUUUUUACAAGUGCUACGUUUGUGUAUGAAACGAGUAUGAAACCAUAUAAAGCACCUGUAUCAUGUCUGUAGGCUGCUUUGUGUUCUCCUGACUUUCAUUAGGACUUGGCCAGAUUAACUACAUUUUUAACGUUCAACCCAAAGAUGAAUGUAUGGUCAAAAGAAAAUGAGAACUAAUAUGUCUGGCACAUUUUAAAAAAGCACUCGUAUGUGUAAAAAAAAUAAGUACAUGUUGCACUUUAUUACUGUUGGGCAACAUGCAAUACAUUACUGUGAUUUAAAAAGAAAAAUACACUUUUGUAACGUAUUUAUUCUUUGCCGAUACAUUGAUAUAUCUAUAUUUUUAGGACCGUUUGGGUGUAGAGGAUUCAUUUUGGACUCGAUCAAUCAGUAUCAUAGCACUGCAUUUAACUUACCUUGUGUACUCUUGUAGCCGAUCUCAUCAUAGGGGUUAUUCUGUAUUCUGUUUUAUGAAUUGUAUCGUUGAGUGACACUGGAAAGAGUGUAAUAAACAGUUUAGUGACUAA